AUGUAUUCAAUUUUAGGAUAUAUAUAUUUCAGCAACUUUGUGAUGUUUAUGUCAGAAUUUCAAAAUGGGUAAGCGGGCUUGUUGUGUUAAAGAUUGUCGAAAUAAUGGAAGAAGAUUAGAGAAAUGGAAAGAACACUUCUGUGACUUUCAUAAUUGUAAUUUUGGAACAUCAAGGUGUAUAUGUGAACCUCCUUUUACACUUUUCACAUUUCCAACUGAACUUAAAAACCCAUACGACAGGAGAAUCUGGACAAAAAAUGUAAACAGAAGUAUUGGAAAUAAAAUCUGGAUCCCUACUCUCGAUUCUCGUAUUUGCUCAAUACACUUUGUUGAUGGAUUUCCUAAUGACAAAAACCCAUAUCCAACAUUGUGUCUUGGUCAUGAAUUGGCUACUACACAAACUUUUGCAAGACCACCACCAAUUGACAGAUCAAAUAUAGAUUCGUCUCCAUUGAAAAGAAAAACUAAGAGAAAACAUCAAGAUUCUCCCAGUGACCAAAACCCAUAUCCAACAUUGUGUCUUGGUCAAGAGUUGCCUACUACAGUAACUUUUGUUAUACUACCACCAAUUGACCGCUCAAAUAUAGAUUCGUCUCCAUUGAAAAGAAAAACUAAGAGAAAACAACAAGAUUCUCCCAGUGACCAAAACCCAUAUCCAACAUUGUGUCUUGGUCAAGAGUUGCCUACUACAGUAACUUUUGUUAUACUACCACCAAUUGACCGCUCAAAUAUAGAUCUGACUCCAUCAAUAAAGAGAGAACCUGAAGAUUCUCCCAGUGACAAUAACCCAUAUUCAACAUUGUGUCUUGGUCAAGAGUUGGCUUCUACAGUAACAUUUGCUAGACCACCACUAAUUGACCAAUCAAAUAUAGAUCCAACUUCAUUAAUAAAGAGGGAAGAUGAAGAUUCUGACAGCACAGAUACAUAUGACCACCUUGACCAUGAAGACCAUAACUAUUCAAUUGCCUGUCUCUCUUGUGAACAGAAAUCUUAUGCAAUAUCCCCAACGUUUGAGAUGUCUGUGAAUUACGCAGAUGGUUUAUCACCAUAUGAGCAUAAGGGACCAUGUGGCCAACCAGAACUACAAGAUUCUCCUGAAGAAGAAGAAAGAAAGAUAGCAGAAUUGGUAGAGUUGAUCAAAUAUAGUAAACAUAUGAUUGUCAUCACAGGUGCAGGUAUCAGCACCUCAGCAGGGAUACCUGACUUCAGGGGGCCAAAAGGAGUUUGGACUUUAGAAAAGAAAGGCAUCAAACCAGAGUUUAGUGUAACAUUUGAAGGUGCAAAACCAUCUCCUACACAUAUGGCACUGGUAGCACUGGAAAAAAUGGGCGUACUGCAAUGUGUCGUAUCACAGAAUGUUGAUGGAUUACAUUUGAGAUCUGGUUUCCCUAGAAACAGAUUAUCUGAGCUCCAUGGUGACAUGUUUGUAGAACAGUGUGACAAAUGUAACACACAAUAUAUAAAUGCUACAGUUGUACCAACCAUGGCAUUAAGGCCCACAGGAAAUCCAUGUACACAGAGAAAAUCUAGAGGAUUGUGCAGAGGGAAGCUGAGGGAUACAAUACUGGACUGGGAAGAUGCUUUGCCUGAUGAAGAUUUGGAUAGAGCUUUUGCAAACGCUAAGAAAGCCGAUCUGUGUUUGUGUUUAGGGACAUCUCUACAAAUCUUACCAUGUGCUAAUUUACCACUUCAAGUAAAGCGUAAUGGAGGGAAAUUUGUUACUAUAAAUUUACAAGCAACAAAACACGAAAAGAAAGCAGACAUGAAAAUACAUGAACGUGUGGAUAAAGUUAUGAUUGAGGUAUGUCAAAGGCUAGAGAUUGAGAUUCCAGAGUACAAUAAUCCAGUAAUCUGUUUAGAGUCGAUGCAUACAGAAAAAUCGGAAGAAAAGUUAAAUGUUGUUGUCCGUGACGAAUUGUUAAUGGUGGAAAAUAAAGCUCUUGUUAAAAAAGAGGAUAUAAAAAAGGAGGUCAAAGAUAAAAAUGAAUUUAAAGAAGCGUGCAAUCAAAGCAAUCAGUCUCAAAACUUAAAUAUUAUUGAAGGACAUGAAAUUAAAAAAGAACAAAAAACUAUGUGUGAAAAAAUAUCAGACAAUAGUGGCCAAGAAGUUAAAUGUGACAAAAAUGAUCUAAAUCAGGCAGCAGUUGGUAAUAGUGACAUAGAUACCAUUAAUGAAAUGUCAAAACCAGGCAGGUCUGCACAAGGGCAAGGCAUAUCUGAUAAAGGGAGAAUACUCCCAUUAAAUGAAGAGAGUGAUCAGGGUAAAGUACAAGCUAAGAAUGAGGGAAAUCAGCGGAAUGCUCACAAUGAUAGCUGUGUAACUGACAGUUCUGCUCACAAUGAUAGCUGUGUUACUGACAGUUCAGCAGAUUUACACAUGUACAUUUUAAAUUCAUCACAAAUACAGGAGUCUCAAGACAACAAUACAGACCUUAAAGAUGAUGAUUAUGAAAUACCUCACAAAAUAAUAAAGUUAUAGAUUUUUAACCAAAAAUAUCUAAUUUUUCAUUUUCCACUUCUGCAUGAUCUUUGGAGGGUAUAGUGGGGUCUGUUUGUCCUUGUUUAUUAUUAAAGAAAUG